AAAUUCAAGCAGAGAAAAUUUAUUUCAUUUAAAAAAACAAAAUAUCAUUCCAAGACCAUUGCCCAUUUUCCAAAAAAAAAAAAUCAUUCCAAGAGAGAAACCGUUAUGGCUCCCAGCAAGACGGCGGCUAAACAGAAUUCAGGAACAUCCAUAACAAACAAGAACCAGAGAACAGCAUGGAGAAGAAAACAGCUGAGCCUCAAGAAGCUGAAGGCGGAGAUGGAGGACAUCAAGGUGGAGAUGGAGAAGCUCAGGGCGGAGGUGUAUAUCAUUUCUCAGGGACAAAAGCAUUUAAAAGGCAAAAGAUCAAAAGGAAAAGAGAAAGCAGGAAUGGAAGAACUCAUGCACUCAACGCUACACCUGACUCUUAUACACAUCUCUAAAAAAAGAAAAAAGAAAAUUAUUCUCUUUUA